AUGCGGAUUGUCCUUAUGAUCACGUCACAAAUCCUUGACAACGAGAUCAGGGAAGCUGAAGUACGAGCGGCCCUGCACAAUAUCCAGCGCAGCACAGUUACCGGGGCGGAUGGCAUCCCAUACAAGCUCCUUCGCAACCUCGAUGACCAAGCCAUCCAACAACUCACCACCUUCAAGAAGAACCACUGCAUCACUGGUUCUCUACCAUCUGAAUGGCGCCACGGGGACAUAACGUUGAUCCCCAAAGCAGGCAAGCCCCUUGCCCUCUACACCAACACACCUAUCUCCCUGUCCGCAUGUCUCGCACUGGAUGAGUCGUCCGCUUCGGACAUCGCACCCUUUCACGUCGACGACUAUGGAGACAUCAUCGCCUACUACCGCAACGCCCGCUUAUCUUUACCCCCGCCUUAA